GAAACAAAGAGAGGCUCAGUUGAAUCUUUUAAAUUCUGCUGUAUGCAACGUUAUCGUUAUAUUAACGGUAUAAACAUUUCGAUACAGAAAUAACGAUCUUUCAUUUAGAAUGUGAGAUGCAGCGUAGAAAAGUUCACUCUCGUAAAAUAACUGUGCUAUUAGUUGAGUGAACUAUUAAAAAUAUUUUUGUUUUCCUAAAUGAGGAAAUGGAAAAGGAAAUGUAGCAGGAUGAUCAGAAUAUAAUUGAAUAUACCGAAUAAAUUUUAAUAAAAACGAGCAGUGAGAAAAAAUGGAGAAAAGACACGGCUGUCAAUGGAAUUCUUAUACAGCUGUGCUAGUAUCAUUUUUUCUGCUAUUCCAAAUUGUAUAUAAAGCUGUAGCAUUUAGCGAAAGCAAUGGGUUUCCGACAGUUGUGUCAACCACUCAAACAUAUGAAGAUUUGUCAGCAACAACGGCGGAAUAUUAUUAUUAUGAUUACUAUCAAUAUCAAUACGACACUGACAUUUUCAAAGUAGGAUCUGACCAUUGCAAGAACAAGUCUAACUGUACAGAAUUGUUGACAUUUCCGGACAAGCUCUGUCAUUGUGAUAAACUUUGUGGACUAUUGAAUGAUUGUUGCGGAAAUUAUGGUUAUAUAUCAACAUUACAUUUGACAAAAGAUCAAUUCGAAUGUGUACCUUCAUACGAAAUUGUGAAAAAUAGAGAAUAUGGAAUAACCAUGGUAACUAAAUGUUCACCGGGAUGGGAUCAUAAUAUAACGAAAACACUUUGCGAAGAUAGGGCGGAAACAAACGAUAAAUUGCUAAGACUACCAGUUUCUGAUAAAACAGAAUUUCAGGUAAUGUUUAAAAACAUGUAUUGUGCACAGUGCAAUUUCGUCAAUGAUUUUUACUACUGGAAACAAGAAAUUUUGUGCAAGAAUGAUAUUGGCGUACGCGGCCUACAGGAAAUGAAAGAUUGUAUUUUGUUUUUUAUUAGACCACAGCCGGAUGUAUCAUACAGAACGUGUCUGAUAUCGCAGUCUAUUAUAUCUACAUGCGAUAUUGCGACAGAAAUUACUUAUGAUGAAUUAAGUCAUAAAUGUUCGGAUGGAGUAUACGCUAUUACUUAUGAUGAAUCUGGAAAGAUGUACCGAAACAAAUACUGUGCAAUGUGCAGUGGUGUUUCUUCUGAGUCAAUGUUUUGUGAACAGUUGUAUGGCAUACCUGUUUCUUCAAACAAAACAGUAGACGAAAGACGACUUACUUACAGUCUUAGGCUUGUUGUAGAUAUCAAUACCGGUAUUGUAUCUCGCAACAAGGAAGGUGAGAAAAUGAUACAAUGCAAAGAAAAUGAAAUGUACGACGGUUUCUCUCAGAAAUGUAGAGAAAUCUACUGUGCGCCACCACUCGCUGCUACAAAUGGUGUUUGCAAAAGUACAGUUCCAAACCUAGCUGCAGCACUGGAUGUUGAAUAUAAUCCAAUUCUUUCUCAUGAAAAUUGUACAUUAACUAAAGUGGACCCAUCUGAGUAUGAAAUUAGAAACAAUUCGAUCACAAACAGUUUCGGAUUAUUUUUAUUUUCCCACCGGAAAAUUUAUUCUAUGGACCAGUUGCACUGGAGUGGAUCAGAUGUCUUUAUAUGUUUAGGGGAAAUUCACAAUUGUUCUGAAGAUUGCAAAAGAAGCGAGUUUGUAUUCCAUUCUGAUGCCGUUGAAAGUUAUCUCACUCUGGUUGGACUUGUCGUGUCAAUAUUAUCAUUAACAAUUACUUUAGUGGUUUAUAUAGCAUUUCCACAGCUGCUUAACACACCUGGAAAGAUUUUAGUGAGUCUAAUUGUUUCUCUUCUUCUGGCACAAAUUUUCUUCCUAUCUGCCUCUAACGUUGAACAUCUGCCAAAGCUAUGUGUCACAGUAGGUGUGCUUGUCCAUUACUUCUUCCUUGCUGCGUUCUGCUGGAUGAAUGUCAUUGCAUUUGACCUUUGGAUGACCUUUUCCAACAGAUUUAUGACGCCAGGAUCUGACAGAAAAGGGCGAACGAGAUUUUUCAUGUACUCACUAUAUGCUUGGCUUCUACCAGUUGUAAUAGUCUGUACAGCUGUAAUUUUAGAUUUUGUGAAUUCUGAUGUGCAGUUUUACAAUUUGAAACCAGGAUAUGGAAAUGGAGUUUGUUGGAUUUCUUCAAGGAAUGCUCUUAUUCUCUUUUUUGCUGGUCCACUCGCUGUUUUUAAGAUCUUUGACAUAAUUUCUUUUAUUUCAACGGCGGUUCACAUUGCUCGUGCAAAGAAACAAGGAGCAAUGGCGACAAGGAAGAAAAACACAUGUUCGUUCAUAGUCAAUAUUAAGUUAUCCCUAAUAAUGGGUCUCACAUGGGCGUUUGCUUUUGUGGCCAAUGCUACGAAUGAGACUAGUAUAUGGUAUAUGUUUAUUAUUUUUAAUUCUCUUCAAGGUUUAUUCAUAGCAAUAUGUUUUCUUCUCACCAAAAAGGUAGGACGUCUUAUCAGUGAUAAAUAUCAGCAGGUCACCACAAAAACCACGUCCGGCACACAAAUCACAUCUUUGGCGUAACUUAAGCACUAAGUGAUACUAAGAGAAAUGUUAUUUGUUUUUAUGAGAGAUAAUUGUUGAAUUGUUGUGUAAGUUCGCCAUGACUGCAAUUUCAAUGUCCAAUGUUUAUAGCAUGUAAGAAACCGCUAUUUUAGACUCAUUAAUUUCGAUAGUUAUUUUCUGGUGAACAAGGACCGCAGCAUCAAACAAUCAGAUUUUUUUGUUUCGCUAAAACAUGUCACAUACAAUUUGUUCCCCUUGAUUCUAAAGAGUGUUCAAACGUUAAAUAUGUGAAUUGAAACGUUUUAGCCCGCCCAGUUUUUACUCAUUUGUUUUUAAUUUAUGAACAUUUUACUUUCUAUCAGCUAUUUCUGAACCCGGGGGCCUCCGUGGCUGAGUGGUUAAGGUCGCUGACUUCAAAUCACUUGCCCCUCAUCGAUGUGGGUUCGAGCCUCACUCGUGGCGUUGAAUUCUUCAUGUGAGGAAGCCAUCCAGCUGGCUUACGGAAGGUCGGUGGUUCUACCCAGAUGCCCGCUCGUGAUGAAAUAAUGCACGGAGGGGCACCUGGGGUCUUCCUCCACCAUCAAAGCUGGAAAGUCGCCGUAUGACCUAAAAUGUGUCGGUGCGACGUUAAACCCAACAAAAAAAAACAAAAAAAAAAAAUUCUGAACCCAUUCAAAAUGUCGAAAAAAUGAAAUAUUGAUGGGCUAUGAUAUAUGUUCUCCUAAAAUACAUUUUUGGACAUAGAAUAAAUGAAAAUGUCGCUACCUUCUACGAAGCCUGGGGACAUAAGGAAUGAUAGAAAACUAUUAUUUGGUCUUUGACAAAUUAGGAAGAAAUUUUCGAAAGUCCGCUUUUGCUACACAGCAAACAAAGUGUAUGUAAGGUUUUUUACUUUCAGUAAGCUUCAUAUUCCUUCAUAUUAUGUCACAUGAAAGCAAAUACUGAUUUGUAUAGUAAUAUUUCAGAAUCAAUAGUUAAAAUGUUUUAUAUUCCCAUUUGUAUAUUUCACCAUUGGUAUUUGUCAAAGGAUAAUCAUUUAAAAAACACACAUACAUUUAUAUCUUUUAGUUCAUGUUCUUUUAGUACAGUUAUUGUUAGUUUACGUACGCUUGUAGAUUUUUUUACAAAUUUCAUGAAUGACCUUUUUUCUGACAAAAGCAGCCGUUUUUUACUGUUUUCAUUUAUUAAUUUCUGUAACAAAUAUUUUGCACGAGAGAAGUGUAAAUUACCUGAUACAGAAACGUUCAACUGUUCAAACUAUUAGAGCAUGAAAUGUUCAAGAUUUUUGAAAUUUUGCCAGGCUGUGUACUUUCAAUAAUUUCAUUUUUUAUUUGACACCAGUCGUGAGGUUUCAUUAUCAAUAUUUUGUUUUUCUUGUUAUCGAUAGUAAAAGAUCUUUGCAUUUAGUAAAAGAUCUUUGCACUUAGUAAAAGAUCAACAAAGAUUCUACCGGAAAAAUAUACCUUGAACGUGUAUUUAUCGUACAUUCAUAUAUAAAACUUACUCUGAAAUUGUAUGAUGAAAGAGAGAUAAUAAUACAGGUUUUAAUGUUUCUUUUUGAACUGAUAUGCAUUAAACUGGUGAUUUAUCCGACUAAAUAAUGUUUCUACGUUA